GUAGAAAGACAAUCCUACAUUAAGUUCAAAUGAAAUACAAGUCCAUAAGAGGGUGUAAUAAAAGUUAACAGGUAGUAGUUAAAUCCUCCCAAUAAUUCUACAAAACCUUGUAAAUUAGAAAUGCACAAUGCUUAUCCGACCCAAUGUAUCUCUAGCAUUGAUGCUUCAUAGAAAGGGAUAGCGCAUUCGAAGCACAUAGAUUAUCAUGUUGCAGUUAAAUUCUUGUGCAAGUUCGGUGUGUUCUACCAAUGGUAUUGAUGUUUGGCCAACAGAGUAAUGCUUACCCGUUGGAAAGGUAAAACCUGAAUAAACAACAUUUCAAUAUCUCAAGAAUUCAGCUCGUGCGUUACAAGAUCACGAUGCAUAUCCAAUCCAAUCCAAUCUAUCUUCACGUGACACAUUCGAGAUGUAAAGAUCAUCAGAUUGCAAUUUAAUUAUCCCAUUAAUUUAGUGCAUUAAAAAUUGAUAAUUAGUAUCGAUAUCUGCUCUGCAUAUCUCCGUCAUUAAUGUUUGCCUCCGGAGCACCGCACCGCUACGGGGCAUAAAAGUCGCGCAAGCAACAAUUCAACUUUCCCGGAAAUCUACUUAUACGUUACUGAGUGUGCGAUGCAUAUCCAAUCUCUAUCUUUAGCAUUGAUCGAUGUGUCAUAAAGAGAUAUAUAUGACACAUCAAAACGCAAACAUUAUCAAGAUGCUUGCGUGCGUUAUAGUGGCAUGGUGCAUAUUGUUCAGCUAUUCUAUCAGAAGAGUGCUUUUAUAUGAAUCAGGGGUAUAAACAUCAAAGAGGAUACAAGCUAUAUCAAUUAUGUGCAAUAUGAAUAUAUAUCAUAUUGCACAACCAAAUUAUUCUUACUUGUGCGAAUGAGAAGUCCAAAAGCACUAAAAUGCCUUUAUAGCACAAUAUGUUCAGUAUGUGCUACAAUAACCUCUUCAUAAAAUUUGUAUUGCCCAUACUCAUACCAAAUGGACCAAAAGAAUGCAGUAUGCAAAAUGACCGUCCACCGAAAAAAGAAAAUAAGAUAUCUUAGGUAGAAAGAUCAAGCAACUUGGCUAGAAAAUAAGGCGCAAAGCGAACCUCCAAAUUUUGCAACGUCUAUGUGCCGUCCAUCUACCUGUAACAGGCCAGUCGAGCUCAUCAAUGGCGCACCUUCCUAAUCAAUCGCUUGCGAGUUGCGACAAACACCGCCCGCCCAAGUUUUAAUUGUGCUGAUGCAGCAAUGUUAAGAAUAGUUUUAACUCGUUUUGAAUUCUUGCUUAUCUUCUUGCAUAUGGCCGGCUAUAUAAAGGGGUGCCGUGGGGAGAGCAGAAGGGCACAAAACACACCAGAAACAAGAGUAGUACUAGUACAGUGUGCAAACCGAGAGUGAGAUCAUCACAUUUGUGAGGACGAUCGAUGGCGUCGGAGAUGAGCAAGAACCUGAUGGCCUCCGACGACCAGGAGGUCACCUCGCAGCAGCGUGACCAGCUGAGCGGUGGCGCUGCUGCUGCUGCUGAAGGCCAAGGUGAGCAGCAGGUUGUGGCUCCGCUGGAGCGGCAGCCGUCGUCGAUCCUGGAGCGGACCCUGGAGGAACUCUCGUACUCUCUGUACGAUGGGCGCGGUCUCGGGUCCAUCAACAUGGACGAGUUCGUGGCCAACAUAUGGAACACUGAGGAGUUCCAGGCGGCGACUGGCGGCUUGAUGGCGGACAUGGAGAAUCAGGCCGCUGUGGUGGGUGCUGCUGGUGGAAGCGGAGGAGCCGGCGCCGGAGGAAGCGGCACUCUGUGCAGGCAGGGGUCCUUCUCCCUGCCUCCACCACUGUCCAGGAAGACGGUGGAUGAGGUCUGGGCUGAGAUCAACGACGAGGGGCCGCUGGCUCACGCCCAAGUCCCAGCCUUCCUGCCGCAAGCCCCGCCGCAGCCCCUGGCUGUGCAGCCACCGAUGGGGAACGGUGGUGGGGUCGCGGCCAAUGGACGCCAGGUGACGCUGGGCUCCAUGACGCUGGAGGAUUUCCUGGUCAAGGCCGGCGUGGUCCGGGGGGGCAUCGCCGGCCAGGGCCAGCCACCUAUGCCGGCUGGCCAGCUGGCCCAUGGGCCGAUGAGCGGCAUGCAGCAGGGCCAGGUGCAGCCUGUUGGGCCGAUGAUGUACCCGAUGGCGCCGGCCAACGCUAUGUACCAGAUGAUGGGUGAUGGCAUGGGGUUCCAGGCCAACGGGUACGCCGACAUGGCCAUCCUGCCGCCGCCGCCGCCUCCGUCUCAGGGCGGAGUCUGCAUCCUGAGCCCCGGGUCCUCGGACGGGAUCAGCGCCAUGACAAACUGUUUCGGCAGUGGAUCCCAGGCCAUGAUGAUGAUGGACAACGGAGCGCGCAAGCGCUCCGCCCCGGAGGACAGGUCCGGUGGGAUGAGCAUGGAGCGCCGCCACCGCCGAAUGAUCAAGAACCGCGAGUCGGCUGCCCGAUCUCGUGCCAGGAGGCAGGCUUAUACCGUGGAGCUGGAAGCUGAACUGGACAAACUCAAGGAGGAGAACGCUCGUCUCAAAGCUCAGGAGGGAUCGAUUCUGAUGGCCAAGCAACAGAAGAUGGAGAACGAGAUGAUGGAGAAGUCCAAGGAGAACGCAAGCGCCAAGAAGGGCGGCCUGCGCCGCUCCAGCAGCUGCACCUGGUGAAGUAGAGACAACGGCGACACCCCCGGACUGAAAAGCUUCAGGAACCAUAUCAACAGGGGGAGGAGGAUUCCCGAUCAAAAAAAAAAAGAGGAAAAGAGGGGGAGGAGGAUUUGCAUUCUGCAUUUUAUUUUGCUUGUUUACAGACAUGGUAUUGGUAAUGUUGUUGGUAGUGUUGGUGCUAGUAUUUACCUGUAAAAUCCGCGGGGCCCAUAUGUCGCUGUUUAUCUGGGUGAGCGGAUGAAUUUCUGUUCGUGUGUUUACUGUCUCCAGGUGAUGGGUUUGUAGAAAGUUACAGAACAAUAGGAGAACAGCGAUGCUUAAAUAUGUGUUUGUGGGUAUUAAUAAAAAAAAUGUCUAUUUAUGUGCUUAGUUAAAA